GAGGGCUCGCCCGGCUGCGGAGCCCCGGCCCGGCCAACCCGCGCCCGGCGGGGCUGAGCCAUAAAAGCGCCGGGAGCCGGCGGGGCCGCGGUUCCAGCUGGCGGCAGCCGUGCCGGGCACCGUGGGGUGGGCAGCGCGGCCGCCGCUCCGCAGCGCAGGGACCGCCGCCCGCCGCCCCCAAGAUGCUGUUUUGGCACACGCAGCCGGAGCACUACAACCAGCACUCGACCGGCAGCUACCUGCGAGAUGUCCUUGCGCUGCCGAUCUUCAAGCAGGAAGAGCCGCAGCUGUCCCCUGAGAAUGAUGCCAAACUGCCCCCCUUCCAGUACGUCCUCUGCACAGCCACCUCCCCUGCCGUGAAGCUGCACGAGGAGACUCUGACCUACCUCAACCAAGGUCAGUCUUAUGAAAUCCGUCUACUUGAGAAUAGGAAAUUGGGAGAGUUUCAAGAUUUAAACACAAAAUAUGUAAAGAGUAUAAUCCGUGUCGUUUUCCACGACCGCCGCCUGCAGUACACAGAGCAUCAGCAGCUGGAGGGCUGGAGGUGGAGCCGGCCUGGGGACCGCAUCCUUGAUAUAGAUAUCCCGCUGUCAGUUGGUAUCUUGGAUCCCAGGGCUAGCCCGACCCAGUUGAACACUGUUGAAUUUCUCUGGGAUCCGUCAAAGAGAGCUUCAGCAUUCAUUCAGGUACAUUGCAUCAGCACAGAAUUUACCCCACGGAAACAUGGAGGAGAGAAAGGGGUGCCCUUCCGGGUGCAAAUCGACACCUUUAAGCAGAAUGAAAAUGGUGAAUACACAGAACACUUGCAUUCUGCAAGCUGCCAGAUCAAAGUGUUCAAGCCUAAAGGAGCAGACAGAAAACAGAAGACUGACAGAGAAAAAAUGGAAAAGAAGACCACCCAAGAGAAGGAGAAGUAUCAGCCUUCCUAUGAGACAACGAUUCUCACAGAGUGCUCUCCCUGGCCAGAUGUGCCUUAUCAAAUGAACAAUGCUCCAUCUCCAAGCUACAACAGUUCUCCCAACAGCUUCAACCUCGGAGAUGGCAACAGUUCACCAACCCACCAAAUGGAGCUCCUGCCUCCCAGCAAUGAUCAUCUCCUUCCUUCUGCUUCUAUUCAAGAUGCCCAGCAGUGGCUUCAUCGUAAUAGGUUCUCUCCAUUCUGUAGACUCUUCUCAAGUUUUUCGGGUGCCGACUUACUGAAGAUGUCCAAAGAAGAUUUUGUUCAAAUCUGUGGGCCUGCUGAUGGAAUUCGGCUCUUUAAUGCAAUUAAAGGAAGAAAUGUAAGGCCCAAGAUGACAAUUUAUGUCUGUCAAGAACCAGAGCAAAACAGAUCCCAUCUCCACCAAAAACGAGAAAAUGGAGAUGGCAGUCUUUGUGUGUAUCAUGCAAUCUUCUUAGAAGAGUUGACCACGCUGGAGCUGAUGGAGAAGAUUGCAAACUUGUACAGCAUUUCUCCCCAGCAGAUAAAUCGGAUCUACCGGCAGGGGCCCACAGGGAUCCAUGUAUUAGUGAGCAAUGAGAUGGUGCAAAACUUCCAAGAUGAAUCUUGUUUUGUUAUCAGCACAUUAAAAGCUGAAAGCAAUGAUGGCUACCACAUCAUUUUAAAAUGACCGUGCUGCACAGAGAGACUUUAACGGCCUAAAAUUUAGUGCCUCACUGAGAUUGCUACAACCUAGACUGGAAACAUGAAGAACCUUCUGGAUAAAUGUUCCUGUGAACUAAGAAUUACCAAACAGCUUAAGAAAAAACUUGCUUUUACAGAUAGAAAUUUUUGGUGGUGUGUGAUUUUGGUGGGUUUGGUUUUGGGUUUUGUGGGGUUUUUUUGUGUUGUUUUUUUUUUUUUUUUGUUUGUUUUUUUUUUUGUUUUGGGUUUUGUUUUGGUUUUUGUUUAGUUCGUUUGAUUUUUGUUUUGGUUCUUUUGGUUUUUUUUAAGCUGAAGCUGAGAACAUCCUCAAAACUUGUACAUGUUUUUUCUUCCCUCCUUUUCUCUUCAGUCUCUUAAAAAUUGUAGAGGUUUCUGCUUAUUACUUAGAAACAUCUGCCUUGUACUAAAGGGAAAUGAAAGAUAAAUCCCAAUUCUCUUGACCCCUCAUGUUUGGGUGAAUUGAUUUACUUACAGUUCUGAGUGCUCUCUUGCUUUCAACACACACCCUGAUGCUGAUGGAUGUAGACUCCCCAGGGCUCCUCUUGUACUCUUUGAGGUGGAAGGCUUGGGACUGCCUCCCAAAACAGAUGGGCAAUGCUGAGGAUGAGUUUGGUGCUCAGCCUUUACCCAAAGUGUCAACUCUGGAAGCCCACACUCAUCUGUUCUCCACCUUCAGAUGUGCUCCAAAUCCAGAGACCUUGGUCCCUCCUGACAGACCUUCUGUAGUACUAAUCCAGCAGAAAAGUUCUGGGAGGGUUCAAGGGAGGACAGACAGCUUGAGGUGAGCAGUUCAGUACCAUGUUACUAUCUUUAGCUUUAGAGAAGUCUCCUUGAAUGGAGCAUGUGGAAUUUUUCUGAGGAACUGCUUUGAACAUUGACAGCUACAGUGCUCAUGACAAAUUCAUACUAUGGAUUUAUUCUACUCUACAGAUUAGUAAUUAACUGCUAUCUUUACUGUAACUGGGAAUUAGAUAUUACAAUCUUAAUGGAUUUUCAUCCUGUUACUGAAGUAAAACUGUUUUGAUCAAGACCAGGUAAACAGAUCAUCUUAGUUGCUGCUUCUUACAUUCUUGCUCUUUCAUUUUGGACUCCUGUUUCCCAUAUCUGUUACCUGUGAUCAGCUCCACACUCCUUGGUCUUUUGGGACUCCAUUCCAGGCACCGUAAAGUUAAAAAGUGGCAAACUGGAUCACACCUUUCUUGCAUUUCACUUUUGACAGCUAAAUAAUAUAUCUGUUUCCCCAAACUGAGUGUCUAUAUACCAUCAAAAUCUGGUUCUUGAACAUUUCAUUUCAUCCUGAACUGACAUGGAAAGCUGAAAUACCAAACAUUUUCCUGGAAUGGAAAUUUUUCAAAAAAUGAGAAAUUGUCAGCUGAAAAACACUGAAUAAAAUGUUCCAGCCUUUUGAAAUGGAAACAUUUAAUUAAAUCCAUUUGGCCCUUAAAGCAGCAUCAGUUUGAGCUACUGUUGCAGCCCUCAGAAUUGUCAUUCGAGUGCCUUGCGCGCCGUGUCUCCCCUGGGCUGAGCUCCUUGGCUGGAUUGCAGAUCCCAUGAUGCUCCUAGCCUGGGUUAGUCAAGCAGGGAAUGCGUCAUGAGGGCUGGAGAGGAGCCCAGGGACAGAGGGGCCGUGGAGCCCGUGAGUUACAGCUCCCAGCUGACACCAGAGGAAUUGCACAGACACAGACCGAUAUUUCUCUGACAAAAGUGAUGUGUUUCAUGUUUUCCCAACAGAAAUAAACAGCAAAAUAUUGAGAAAAGCAACCUUUUUUUCAUUAAGGCAUCAAGUUUUGUGCAAAAAACCCCACCCUUCCCCACUGAUUUUUUUUUUUUUUUUUUUUUUUUUUUACACCGAAAAUAAUACUAGAAUAGAAAACUUGUGUUACAAUGGGAAAGCCUUCAGCCAACUCAGCUAAUUGAGCAGCAAUGCCUGCUUAGGCAUGAUCUCCAUCAACUGACUGUUCUGGAUGCUCCAUGAAUUGUAGGCAUGCAGAAAGGAUGCUUAGGCUUUGGGACAUGGUGGUUCCCCCUGAUGAAAUUAAUAACUUGAGGCUUCUUGGCUGAGAACCAGGUUGUGUAGGUGAGGAGGAGCUCCUGGCCAUGGGAUUCAGGUUGUGGCCACACACAGCUGCCUUCCAAAACAGUGAAUGGAUUCUAGAUGCUUUUGUGAGCAGGUGGGACCAGUGUGCCCAUGCAUACCAGGUGCUGCUUGAUUUAUUUUCUAGAAGGUGCUUUGGAAGAUGGAUGUUGGCUGUUCUGUAAUACUGGCCCAGUGCAUGGUGUGGCUGUCUUUGGCAUGCAGCUCAUGUGAAUCUCAUGGGAAAGGUUCUAAACAGAUCUUGAAGUUGCCAGGAGAGUAGCCUGUAUCAUGUCAGAUCCACUUGGAUGUGAUAUCCCUGUAAGUGAGGGGACACAGCAAUCCUGAUACACAGUAGAGUGAAGAAGGGAUAGAGGUGGAUUUGCUGCCAGAGUUAGGGACUGAGAACUGUUCACUUGUUUUAAAAAGCCUAAGUUCUUCAUUCUUUACAAAACAACUCUUGCCCAUAAGGAAUUUUAUGCCUAAGUCCUGAUAGUGUUUCAAUAGCACUUGCUUGAUUAAUUUUGAACAGAAAGAAGUCUGUUAGGGCCUUGCUGUAUUUAGAUUUUUU